AUGGCACCUCCACCUGGAACUAUAUCCACAGGGGACCAGCAGGAUGCAACUGUAGCUGCCUUGCGGGCCCGUGAAGACCAACAUUCACUUCAACACGACAGAGCUCCUGCUGUCGGGACAGCUACCUCAGCACAAGACAUAAUCUCAAGCACAUCGAAUCCCUUGCGCGUUUUGAGGGAAGAACUCGUGCUCGCUCAGGCUCUACUCGAAGAUUCCGAUUCUGGCGAGAGCUGCAAUGGUGGCCGACCACCGGAACGAAAGCCUAGUAGAGAAGUAGCCAAACUGCUACAGACGCUAGAAGGAGAAGGACUAGCGACCACGGCGGCUUCUUCUUCGGUGUCUUCGAGGAAUCACACUGCGGCUUCGACGCAAGGUGGAAGGAAGGCAAGAUUAUCAACUAGGACAUCGGCUAGUUCGCCUCCAGAAGCAGCUAGAGGUGUUUCGAUUCCAGGUAGUGAAAACCGUUUUUCAAAGGUCUACGUCGCGGAGAAGAUCGUGGACGAGCAAGACGCAACGACACCAUCACCUAAUACACGUACAAGAUCAGCUCAUAGCGGUACUACACCUGUUACGAUUACAUCUUCUUCCCUUGAAGGUGGUUUUUCUAAGUCUACUACUCCCCCAGGACUUACUACCACUGCGUCAACAUCAGGACUACCAGCAACUACAGAGCGAAAGAAGAAGCGAUCCCUGCGAUUGUCCGCACAUGACGAUAUCAUUGGCGUCCAGCUGUUCACAGAUGAUGCAGCUCCUCCGCGACCACGCGCUUCUGUGCCUGCUCCAGAACGCGUGGUAGCUUCCCGCAUAGCACGACACACCCAAACUGGAACAAACGAGCACUUUCAAUAUUUCGGAGGGAGUUCGAGCAAAGAGAAUAUUAUGGCUUAGACUUUUUGAUGAAUAUGCAAUGGGAACAAUACAUUUGAUUUUGUAGUAAAGAGAAAAGCUACUUGCUUUUUUUUCUUGGCUCGCUAUGCAUCCACUUGUUUUGUGUAGCAAUGUCACUGUCAUCCUCGUCUAAUACCAGAACUAGCUCUGGCGGUCCUGCUUCCCCACGAGGAGCAAGUGCGCAUCUUUUCGACCACAUUAGCAGAGCAACAAGUGCGGUCUGCAGUGGCGGUCUUGGUUCGCUUGUUCUUGGGUCACCACCACAAGGCAAUCGUUCCGUUUCCAGAUCCAACAGCGGCAGUGCUACCCCAUUCGUCCCCUCGCCACGCACAACUACAACAUCAUCCUCCUCUUCGAUUUUUCACGUAAUUGGCCCAACAGGACUGUUGACUCCAGUGGAGACUACUGGUGGAUCGGGAAGUAGACCAAGUGGGAUUGGAAGUGGGUCAGCCAACACUACUGCGUCAGGGGAUCCUCCACAAAGGGGCGUCGAUCCGUUUCCCUUUCUGACUGAGUUUUUAGCCAAAAUGACGGGAGUCAAUGGAGAAGAUGCCGCGUUGGCAUCGCAGUCGCUGGAACUGGUCAUACGCAAAAUCCGAGUCAUACUGCAAGACAGCACGAGCAUUCGGCAAGCGCUCUAUUUCAGACUGUUGAGGAUAACGCAAUAUCUCGCAUGGAAAUUUCCGGCUUACGGGGCUUUGCAGCACUUGCUGGAGGACGUCUUGCGGUCAAAAGCCAUCAUCGGAAAGCAAACAACGACAGUGCAUUUGCUUGGUAUUUUGGAGACUUUGCUUCAUCAAUCUUCUCAGUGAUAUUCUACUUACCCUUUCUUUGGUAUAAAUUAUACUCAAGUUGCGUUUUCUUCCACUGUUUGAUAGCAAAAACAAAGUCACUAUAGCAUCCAUCUUUCUACCUUCUCAUGUACCGAUAUUGAUUUGUUCUUCUCUCCAAUUCCGAAUCAAUAUCAAUCACCUCAGGCAAGCGCUAUCCCGCCGUCACCGACAAGGCAUUCGAGGAGGAGUGGAAUUCGAAAUUUCUGUUUACUUACCGAAAGGGUUUUCGUAGUAUAGGCAAUGCCAAUAUCACGUCAGAUCAGGGAUGGGGCUGUUACAUUCGCACGUUCCAGAUGAUGCUUGCGCAGUGUUACGCACUCAUAGUCUUCGGUCCCGGUAGAAGGGAUGUUAUGGCUUCUUGGAAAAAAAUUAGAAUAGUUGUACUUAGAUGAAAAACGAUAAAACGUUCCAUAGCUCCUCGCUGUAAACAAUCAUCAUCAUAAUGAUCAAUACCAAUGCUUCCGUUUUUACAACUAGAGUGUCCAUCUUCAUUCCUGUUUCUGCAACAAUCAACCUCUAAGGGCACCCGCGACGAACCACAGGAAAGGGAAUUUGUGAAAGAGCUCUUCGUCGACAACGAAAAGGCGUUUUUCAGUGUGCACAAUUUUUGUAGGAUUGGGGCUACAUGUUUUAACCGGAAGCCUGGAACCUGGUUCGGACCAUUUUCAGCGGCCAAGACAAUCGAAAAAAUAUUCGAUGAAAUCGGUGGGACAUCAUCCUCCAGUAGUGCACCUGGAGGGGGUGCGACUGGAAGUACGUUGACAGCAUCGUCCACAGGAGGUCCCACCACAACCGGGUCCUUCGCACAUCAUGCGAGAGUUUGCGUAUUUGAUGAGCUGUUGGACCCAGAUGAAGUUCGUGCGAAGUUAGUCGGCAACAAGAACGUCAUCAUACUCCUAUGUAAGAAAUUGGGUCCGCAUCAGAGCGUAUCCCCAGAAUACACAGAGGCGAUAAAGCAAGUCUUCAAAUUGCCGAGUUUUCAGGGAUUAGCAUGUACGAUUAAGAUUUGAUUGCUCUUAGUUUUAAGACUGAUGGUAUUCUGUUUCUGGUUUGUUCGUUUUCCUGUCCUCACUCAAUUUGCAUCAUUGCGACGUACUGUACUACUCUUGCGAUAAAUUUUCUAGAGCGAGGCUUCAUCAAUUUUGAUUCUCAUGAUCUUUCCCAAGCGUGCGAAAGUUCGAACACAAUGGAACAUCUUCCACAUCACACAACAGGUGGUGAUACGGCAACCUCAGCGCACUAUUUCAUAGCAGCAAGUGACACCUAUUGUUACUAUCUUGACCCCCAUGUGGAGACACGAGCAGCUCUUGACGGAGCGGAGAUGGACAUUAGCUCAUGGCAUGCUUUGAAAAGUACUUAAAUGUUAUGAUUAAGGGUAGGUUAAAGGUGCUUUUCUUACCGCUUUUUAUGCCUCUCUCCCUUAGGAUGAGAAAGGCAUAAAAAGCGGGGUAAGCGAGCACCAAAAACCUACCUCUAAUAUGACUAAGACUGUGCUUUGUUGACUACCUUUGCUUUUCUUGUUGAUGGGGUGUCUCUUCCUCUUCAAAGGAUGAUCAUCUUUCCACAUCAACAAAACAGAUUCCGACGGUCGUCCUUGUCUCUUCAAGCUUGCUUUUGAGAACCUGAAUUCGUCGUGUUGCUUUUGCUUUUUGAUUAGGGAUGAAGAGGAGUUGGCCCAGUUGUGCUUGGAGAUGGAGAUGUAUGAUGCCUUACACGAAGCGUUCGAGAUUAAACGGUGUGGUUUUCUGGAGAGCCUGACUGGAAAUCUCGAUCUAAGGACUGACCAAAAGUGGGCUGAGGAUGACGGGAUGGUGUUGCUGUAGUACUACAGAGAUGGGACGAUGGUUCUUUCGGCUCUAGAUCUGGGCAGUCCUCGUGUACCUUGGUGAUAGAGUCUCUUCUCUCCAAUCAUGUACAACUUUCAUAGUACAUAAAAAGCACGGUCUUCGUGCUUGUGUGUCAACUUCAGAAUUGAAAGGGCGAAAUUUGGGGGAGGUUUAAAAAGAGUCUUGUUGCAUAACUUUUAGCGGAUCAUUUUCUAUCCUGAUGAUGACAGACUUUUGAAUUACAACAAAAUUUUGAUUUUUUGAGAAAAAAACUGCGCAUGACGACACCCGAAAGUAUUAGAAGCAAUGGCACUUACGACGUUGUCCUGCUUCUCUACUAAAGCGACAUGGUAGCUGUAGUUUGAAACUCAAAUUAGUUGUAU